CAAUAAUAUAAGCUCGUUCUAUUCCCCACGUUUUUUCUACUUUACCAGUGCUGAAGGCUACGUGUCAUCAAACACUCUCUCUUUUUUUUCCAAAAUAAUAACUCGUGCUAAUGCAAAAUGAACAAUAACUUUGUAUUAGUGUUAUUCAGUUUAGUGAUACUGUUCUCAGGAUGUGUUCGUUGUGGCAACAUUGUCGGUAUACUUCCUACUCAAGACGAAGAUCAUUUCGCCAUAGGAGAAUCAGUCAUCAAAGCAUUAUUGGCCAAAGGUCACUCCAUAACUCUGAUCAGUAACUAUGCUCUGACCAACGUAUCAUCUUCCAAGUACCGUCACAUCGGUUUGGAAACCUGCUCCAUAUUUUUACAAGGUGUUCAGCCAGACAGGUACUUCAAAGAAGAAUCAGUCGAACGCACCCUAACCUCAGAGAACUCCACUUGCAAUUGCAUUUCAAAUCGAGCCGAGUACCAGUCCAUGGAACUGGAAGAAUACGACUUAAUGGUGGUCAGCAUGGAAUACCACUCGUGUUUCCUACGUUUAUCUAAACCUCUCAACGUACCAGUCAUCUGGAUCGUUCCAACCAAUCAAAAUAUCUUAGCUAAUCGUCUAGCAGGGAACAUGGAUCAAUUGCAUCCAAUCCUCAAGGGGAAAUUAUACGUAGCUUAUUUGCAUUUCAAGUCCAGAGUGAUCAGUGCCUGGAACUACUUCACGAAGUACGCUUAUCAUUGGCAAAUUCAGAGAUACGUCGAUUCAGUCAAUAAAGAAAUCUUGCCGAAGGUCUCUCAUGUCAAAGAUGAUGUAGAUUUAAUCUUUUACAACACUCACUUCAGUGUGUUUCCUCGAACUCAUGUACCAAAUGUAGUGGAAAUAGCCGGAGUACACAUCGAGCCACCUAAAACCAUGUGUCCGAGAGUGGGCCAGUUCAUAGAUGAUUCAGAAAACGGUGUAAUCUUCAUUUCGACGCCGACUCAACAACCGUACCGGCAAAUGCUCGAGAAGAAAACGCAAACGUUUGAAAUUUCCUUUUUACGCGUAUUACAAAGCGUACUGUGGAAACGCUCGACGGCGCUGGCAAUACCGAAUUAUAAUUUGUUUUGGAACGAACGUUUACCGCAAAGGGAAAUAUUGAAUCACACAAACGUAAUCGUAUUCAUCUCCUGCGCCUCCCUGAACAACAUUUACGAAGCAGUCCACAGCGCCACACCAUUCAUAGGAAUAGUCUGCGAACCCAGCCAAUCAGAAUACAUGGACAGGUUGGAAGAACUAGGCGUAGGCAUCAAGCUAUCGUACGCUAAUUUAAACGAGGUGACUUUGGUAAACGCGAUCAAUCUCAUUUGGCAGCAAAAAAGUUACGGUGAAAAAAUGCAAAAAUUAUCAGCGGCUUUCAACGAUAGAACAAUGACGCCAUUAAAUACAGCUGUUUACUGGGCCGAAUACGCUAUCAAGCAUGGUGCGUCGCAUUUGAAAAGCGAAUCGUCAAAAAUACCACUGUACACGUAUCUAUUACUGGAUAUAGGUCCCAUAUCGAUGGUUUUAUUAGCGAUAUACACGUAUUACGGAAUGAAAUUGUAUAUUAAAGCCUUCUUAUGGCUUAAACGUAAAUUAUGGCCUCGUCUGGUCGGCUUAAAGAAUAGAAUUUUGUAAUUUUUUAAAACUCGAAUAAAAAAAAUUGUUUUUCAUAA